AUGCUCGCCCAGCUCUCAGCACCCAUGCUGUGCCAGCAGGGGGGCCAAGCUAUCUGGCUUGGGUCUUCCCCGGUGGCGGUGGCGGUGACAGCCCCUUCUGGAUGGGUGUGUCCCCCGGGGGCGGCCACGGCCCAACCCCCGCCCCUCGGGCCUAGCCGGCGGCGGGCACCUCCCGAGGACUCGCGCGUGUCCUCCCCAGCCCGCCUGCUCCGCGCCGCCGGCCUCCGCCCGCCCCGGGGGGUCGGAGUCCGCCCCUUCGCGCGGUCUGUGGCGGGGGGUCCGCGGCCCGCCUCGGCCGUGGGCGCGGCCCCCGAAUGCCCGGCCAGCGCGCCGCUCCGGCCCCGCCAGGCCCAGGCCGGGCCCCGCCAGCCCCGCGGCCUCCCGCGCCGGCGUGGAGAGGCGGUCCGACCCGGCCCCGCGCCCCGCGCCUGGCCGCCCGCACCUGCCGCCCACUCACCGCGCGCGCGCGCCGGGCCGGCCGAGCCGCCGCCGGACGCCGGGGCGGGCCGGGCCUGCGCGCCCCGCGCUACACAAAGUGACGGCCCCGGAGCUGCGCGGCGGCGGCGCGUGGGCACCGGAAGUGCCGCCGCCGGGCCCCGCCCCGCCCGCGCCCACGGGGGGCCACUUCCGGUCACGCGGGGUCGAGCGCGGCUCCCGGAGGGGGCGUGCGUGGAGGGCAAGGAAACGCCCCUGGUGCGAGGGAGGGCGCUCCGGGUCCUGGAUCCCGCCCCACCCCUGGGGACCCUGGUGCCCAACUCCUGGGAACUCCAGGGUCCUCUGCCCCGACCCAAGACCUCCACUCCUCCCCUGGGAACCCCAGCGCCCCCUUCUCUGACCUGA